AUGAACUGGCUAACAGCCCUCAGCCUGGCCGCCGUGGUGAUCCCCUCGCUCUACAUCUACACCGUCUCCAUCGUCGCCACACGUUUCCCCGUCCUGCGCAACAAGCGCAUAUGCCUGCUGAUUGCCCACCCGGACGAUGAGGCCAUGUUCUUUGCGCCGACGGUGCUGGCGCUCACGAGGCCCGAGACAGGCAACCAUGUCAAGAUUCUGUGUUUGAGUAGCGGCGAUGCCGAAGGCCUCGGUCCCACGCGCAAGCGCGAACUCGCCAAAUCCGGCACUUACCUCGGCCUCCGCUCCCCCUCCGACGUCUUUGUGAUCGACUCGCCCUUCUUCCCCGACAGUAUGACUACAUCCUGGGACCCCGAGCGCAUUUCCCACUUGCUAGCCUCGGCUUUUGCUCCCGAACUCAAAGAGACCACGAACAUCGCUUCCGCCAGCGCCUCGCGAUCAUCCAAGAACAAGGGAAGUGCUGGAAAGGCGGAAGUGAAGCCCACAAUCGACACCAUCAUCACUUUCGACAAACACGGAAUUUCGGGACAUCCGAAUCACAUUUCCCUCUACCACGGCGCUAGGUUGUUUGUGAGUCAGUUGUUGGCUGCUACGGCCGGGAAGAACAAGGAAAAGGGGCAGGGGCAGGUGGAUCUUUACACACUUCCCACGCUCUCGCUGCGGCGCAAAUACAGCGGGAUCCUGGACGCCCUUCCUACACUGUUGGAAUGGGCAUGGUCAGCGGGUAUCACAAAAAAGGAUAAACACGAAAGGCCGGGCGGCUUGGUAUUUAUGAACAACCUUAUCCCUGGCGAGGGGUGGGCGAGUGUGGACAAGGCGUGGGCGGCCAUGACCAAGGCACAUGUGAGCCAGAUGAGGUGGUUUAGGUAUGGGUGGAUUGGCCUGAGUAGGUAUAUGUAUGUGAAUAGUUUGUUUAGGGAGGUUGUUCAGCCAGCUACGGCCGACAACUAAGAUUCCUCAAUGAGUGAUGGGGAUAAAUGAGGAUUGCUUUUUUGUUUUGGUUAGGACGGAAAGAUCGGAAACGGCGGUUAUAGCCGGAGAGAUGAGUAUAGUUAACGGGGGAGGGAGCUCCUAUGGAAAGAAAACAUCAUCGCGUCGGCAGUUUAGAA